UGUGGUUUUCUCCACUGCAUCACUUUUUAAUAUGUUGUCCUUCCCAGAUGGUGUCUGAGGUGGUCACAGCCAAAGGUGAGUGCCAGCAGCUCGGGGAAGUGCCGCGGUAUUGAUCAAUAGGUUGCCAAAUUACUUAGGUUUGUCAGUAGGAGCUUGGAUGCUGUGUGCCCAGUUCUAACGUGCUGCGUUCUGGUCAUGUUGGCUUUGCCUCCUGCCCUGGUAAUCUGCUUAAUGUCAGGACAUGACCCAAAGUGCCCAGAUAAGUAUCUGUCUACACAGUCCCUGUUUUCUUCAUUAAUAUUUCUCUGAUGGUUAUUGUCGGAGCUUGGAGACACCUGAGAAAUGCAGGUUCUGCCCUAUGCUUGUCUAAUGUUUACAUGGUGAAGUCAUGUUAGAUUUUGUCUCUCAGCCCACAGCUGUGCUUUGUGCAGAAACAUUUGUGUAUUAUAGUUAGACAUUUAACCUUUACUUUAACAUAAUUCUUGUUUCCUAUUCAGUCUCAGAAAAAAAGCCAAGAAUGUUUUCGUUGAGAGACUGACUUGCUUCUUGACCCUCUUGUGCUGUCCCUAAUAAAUCAACCUGCAUUAUCCUAAAACACUACAGGAUGGCAAGGCAGGGUUACAGGAAUAAUUGUAUGCCUGAUAACAUCUUACCAUAACUGAUCAAGUUUGAUCUAAACCAAAACCAAACCUCAACCCAAAAUAAACCCCGAAGCAAACCAGCUUCUGGCACGUAUCUGCUGUGUUCCGCUUGCCGCUGCUGCCACCUCUCGUGGGAGAAGGAGCUGGCAGAGCGCAGCGGGUAGUGCCCAGUGCUGGCUUAUGAGAAGGGGUGGCUGCUUUGGGGUGGGAAGGGGACACGGGCUGAGUUAGUGUGUGGUGUGUGAGGCUGGAUGCUGGACGCGGUCCCUGCUGUGCCGGGAGCUCUGUGGUGCACACCAGGUGCUGCUUGCAGCUGCACUCGGCUCUCCGUGUGCCAGCAAUGGGCUUCAGGUCAGAGUGUGAAAGUGACUCUGGCUGGUGGGGCUUCCCCUGGAAAUACUGGCAGGGUCUGCGUGCAGCUGGAGGGAUGGGGGUCCUGGGGGCUUCCUGUCAGCAAGGGACUCAAACCAAUGCCCUCCCAGAAACAGAAAUUAUGUCAGUGCAUCUCUUGUGCUUGCACAUGUGUCAAAGUUGUGUUCCAAGCUCCUUAGGAAGGAAAGGGAUGGGGGAGAUAAUCCCCAGGUGGAGUUGAUGCUGCUCUGCAGUGUCAGUGUGGCGUCCAGUGCCAUAUUUCUAGCACUGAGCUGAUUAUUCCACAUACCACACGAGCAGAGGUGUGGUGUACAGAUGACAAAGAUAAUCUACAAGUAUUCAUGGUGACUGAAAGUUUGGACUAUUUUAUUUUCAUUUGGAAAAAGUUUUGUUUUGUUUUGUUUCCUGUUUGCCUCAAACCUGACUCCUUUUUUUUUUUUUUUUGAACCAGAGGGGAAGCAAAAUAUUUGAAAGCUAUGGUUUAUACUAUUUGGUGCCAUCUGAAGUUUCAUUGGACUUUUAAGGUUUGGAUGAAUCUUUCUGUCCUCAGUUGCAAUAUUAAAAAGUUUAUGGAAAACAUUUUUUUUUAAAUUGAGAUUACUUUGUGAGAAGGCUUAGGCAGGGGAGGGUAUGAGACAGGCCUGUCUUCCUACAGCUUCUGCUUGCUCUCUUGGAAGUCUCCUGUGGGAAAACAGGCUGGCUGCUGGGGUGGUGGUCCAGCAACAGAUGCAUGCAAUAUAAAACCUCAGUGUUUUUCCCAGGUGUAGUUACACAAAGACUGCAGUGGUAGUGAGUGGAUGGGCCAUCUGAAUAUGUGUGCUUUGAAAGUGGCCACUACGAAGCCUGUGUCCACGCAGAACCUUGUGGUGCCGUGCUAUGUGUGCAGCAUGUGGGUUUUGGGAGGCAUAUUUGUAACAGCACAGGGGAAGUUUGCUGUUUUGGUGUGUUUGGGUUUUUUUGUUCUUUUUAUUUCUUCUGUCAGCUGUGAGAUUUUGAUCUUCAGCAUUGCAUUGCCCUCUGGGUGUGGCCAUGGUGAGGCCAGCAGCUGGACUUGCUUUCCAAGGUCAGGCGGUUACCAGUGCUGUUGUUGCCUUGAUGCAGUGCACACCAGAUACUUAACGAACGGGCAGCCCUCCGUGGAACGAUUCCCCAUCAGCUUUAAAACCCACUUCUCAGGGAACUAUUUUCAUCACGUGGUGCUCGGGAUUUACUGCAACGGCCGCUAUGGCUCGCUGGGCAUGAGCAGACGAUCAGAUCUGAUGGACAAGCCUUUAACCUACCGAACUCUGAGCGACCUCAUCUUUGAUUUUGAAGACUCCUAUAAGAAGUACUUGCAUUCAGUCAAAAAAGUAAAAAUCGGAUUAUAUGUCCCGCACGAGCCACACAGCUUUCAGCCCAUUGAGUGGAAACAGCUGGUCCUUAAUGUAUCCAAAAUGAUGCGCACAGAAGUCAGGAAGGAGCUGGAGAAGUUUGCCAGGGACAUGAGGAUGAAGAUUCUGAAACCCUCAAGUGCCCAUUCUCCAAUGAAAGAGAGGUCACGGGGUAAGUCGUUGUCCCCUCGCCGAAGGCAAGCCAGCCCUCAGAGACGUGCGUGCAAAAGAGACAAAUCGCCGGCGGUGGUGGACAAGAAAGGAGACCUGGCUACGCUUAACGAGGUGGGCUACCAGCUCCGCAUCUGACAGAGCCAUUCGCAGGACAGAGGGCUUCCCUGGUGCUUCCCGCUGCACUUUACCUGCACUCCGCUGGAAGGAAUGGGACUAUUUAUUAACCUAUGGACUCUUUAAUAAAUGUUUUACCUAGAAAAUACAAGGGGGGAGUUCUUUUAGUGGCAGUAUUUAUUUUCUGUCAUGGAAAAGGCAUCAGUGAAGAGAACCUAAAAUUAUGUUUAUCAGACUAGAAGAGUUUUUUUUCUCUCCAUCAUGUAGCAGGUGACUCCAGUGGUGUGAGUUUCUUCAAAUAUAACUUCCCUGUACAAGCAGUAAUUGAAUUUGUGCUGGGUAGUAGCAUUGGGAUAACAAAGAAAUCAUAUUCUUAGUGUUAAGAUGUGCUGGGGUGCAGUGCAGUUAAAAAAAAAAAAUCAGCAUUAAUAUUUAAUUCAGCAAUAAAAACAAGCAGUGCAGAAGUGGCGUGAGUCUUUAAAGUAUCAUCAUUACCUCACUAAACUUAAUAGAUAUGCAAAACUGUCAGUAUUAUUGUUUUGUGACUGAUUUGUACUGUUUCCCAGCAUUUCUGGUAGUAUUAAAAUGGCACUGAAUGUUUUACUGCCACACCUGUAUUAUUAUCUUGUGCAUGUUGCUGAAAGAUGCUAAGUAAUAGUAAUAUGCAAGUGUAUUCUUAAACACUGACAAUUUAUUAGGCAAGAUACGAGGCUUUUUUAAAAACGAUAAUUGAUGAAUAAUGAAUUUUUAAACUUUCAUAAUUUUUUUAUACUUUAUUGAAAGCUUUUAGUCUUUCUGGACUACACUGCUGAAGCACAAAAUGUAGAGAUUGCUGUUUUGUAGAGACAAGUGUUCACCUGUUAGUCAGUUUGUUUCUCAUAUAUGUUCCUGGAAUAAGGGAAGAAAUGUCAGACUUGAUAACCUGAGUCUAUAUGCUUUUCUUUCACCAUUAGUGUGUGGCUUGGCUUUGAGGGCUGAGCAGUCUCAGACAGUGAUGCCUUGACAUCUUAUAUUAAGAUCAGACAUCGCAGGCUGAAGUUAACCUUCUGCCAUGCUGCUGUAGGGAGUUUUUCCUAUACGUGUUGUAGCAACAACUGCUUAGUCAGACCUAAAAAAGAAGCUCUUAUUGGAACAACUUCAGCAAUAAAUUAAAUUGUACGUCUGAAAUAGCUGAAAAUCAAGCUUGUUUGCCUCCUCCCUACUCAGUCCUUCUGUUCUAGGGCUUAGCUAAGGACCUGCGAUGGAAGGCAGCAUUCUCAAGUGACAUGGUACGAUUCUCACUGGGGUCCACCCUUUGCAUUAGUGAAGCUCUCUGGAAGCAUUCGAGUGCUGCAUUCCUGAAAAUAUUUCAUUAGGUGCCUAAAUAGAAACUGGAUUAUUGUAUAAGUCCAGCCUCUACCCGUUGUGCUGUGCUUACAGAUGACACUGCCAUGGGCCUUGUGUAUCUCCCUUCCUGGGCAUGCACUUUUUUUGGGAUUUUGCUGAAGACAGAACAUUGUUAGUGACAAUGUUGCUCAAACAGAAUGAUUUAAGUUCCUGGAACAAUUACUUCAGCCAGCAAUUGAAUGAGUACAGGAGGAGAUGAUUGCUUAUACACAGACCUGAUUGCUCAAAAAAAGUCAGUGAAUCUCACCUACCUAGGACAGGAAGACAAGGAUGAAACCCAGCAACCUUGGACAAGCAAUGAAGGACUGUCUGCUAAUUACAUUUCAGAAGGCCCAAAAAGAAGGCUUUUCAACCGUAUAGAAGAUUACCAUAUCAAUUACAGGGCAGCAUUUCCUAUUUCUCUUCCUCUAAACUUUUCCAUUCCUGUGUUCACAAUAGGAAAUUUUUGGAAGAGAGGGAAAUACUCUUUUUUUUUUUUGGUAGAAAUAUUUGUGUAAUUUGACACCGGCCACAACGUUUCUGUUUUGAACUUUGUCCUGCUCUGUGUCCUGUAACUUAAACAUUUUCUUUUCAUAUAUUCCUUAGAUUUCUCAUGGGUAAAAUAAUGUGAAAAACGUAGUUUGAUCAGGUGUAUCUUAUAGCACAAGGUUAUCUGAUGCAUUGCAAGGUUUUUUUCUAUGAAACCAUGGUUUACUUCAGCUCAAGCAAGGGUGGUUGGUAUACAGUUUUUUACUGUUGUCCAGCACAACUUGAGAUACUUUCUCUUAACCUCUAACUUAUACUGAAACUUUUCAAUGCUGUAGAGGUGUUUGGCAAAUUGCUUUUGGUUCUUGUUUUGAAGUUCUGCUGAAAUAUUCUCUUGAAACUUAUGGCAUUUGUCUCAAGUGUGGUUCUAGUGACUGUUCUAACUUACUGCAAAGUGGUCAAAUAGUGUAGAAAACAUGCAUGACUUUUUUUUUUUAUCACUUGUAUGUUUAUGCACAGCAUGAAACUUCAAUAAAAUAUCAUGAUAGUCUUUUUUUAAUGA